UUCCCGAUGAGGCAGGACAAGCUGACCGGCUCUCUGAGACGAGGUGGGAGAUGCCUCAAACGGCAGAGCGGGGGAGGCGUAGGCAACAUUCUCAGCAAUGUGCUCAAGAAACGGAGCUGUAUAUCCCGGACCGCACCUCGGCUGCUCUGCACCCUGGAGCCGGGGGUUGACACAAAAUUGAAGUUCACUCUUGAGCCAUCUUUAGGUCAAAAUGGUUUUCAGCAGUGGUAUGAUGCUCUAAAGGCUGUAGCCAGACUUUCAACUGGAAUACCAAAGGAAUGGAGGAGAAAGGUUUGGUUGACUUUAGCAGACCACUAUUUGCACAGUAUAGCCAUCGAUUGGGAUAAAACCAUGCGCUUUACUUUCAAUGAAAGAAGUAACCCAGAUGAUGAUUCCAUGGGAAUUCAGAUAGUAAAGGAUCUUCACCGAACAGGCUGCAGCUCAUACUGUGGCCAAGAGGCAGAGCAAGAUAGAGUUGUGUUAAAGAGAGUUCUGCUGGCCUAUGCCCGAUGGAACAAGUCUGUUGGAUAUUGCCAAGGUUUUAACAUCCUGGCUGCUCUCAUCCUAGAAGUAAUGGAAGGCAAUGAAGGGGAUGCAUUGAAAAUCAUGAUUUACCUCAUUGAUAAGGUGCUUCCAGAAAGCUACUUUGUUAAUAAUCUCCGGGCAUUGUCUGUGGAUAUGGCAGUCUUUAGAGAUCUCUUGAGAAUGAAACUUCCUGAAUUAUCUCAGCACCUUGAUACUCUACAGAGAGCUUCAAACAGGGAAGGAGGAGGUGGAUAUGAGCCCCCACUUACAAAUGUCUUCACUAUGCAAUGGUUCUUGACUCUCUUUGCCACAUGCCUGCCUAAUCAUACAGUUUUAAAGAUAUGGGAUUCUGUGUUCUUUGAAGGUUCUGAAAUCAUACUGAGAGUAUCCCUGGCAAUUUGGGCAAAAUUAGGAGAACAGAUAGAAUGCUGUGAAACAGCUGAUGAAUUCUACAGUACAAUGGGAAGACUGACUCAGGAGAUGCUGGAGGACAAUCUAAUUGAAAGCAAUGAACUCAUGCAGACUGUUUAUUCCAUGGCCCAGUUUCCUUUUCCUCAAUUGGCAGAGCUAAGGGAGAAAUACACCUACAAUAUUACUCCGUUCCCAGUCAAACCCACUUCAGUUUCUGGACGGCUUGGCAGGAACAGAGACAGCGAUGAAGAAAAUGAUUUAGAUGAGGAGGAUGCUAUUGUCAAUGCAGUUGGAUGUCUUGGACCUUUCAGUGGAUUUCUGGCCCCAGAACUACAAAAGUAUCAGAAGCAAGUUAAAGAUACAAAUGAAGAACAGAGUCUGGGCUCUAAUAACAUUGCCGAGCUAAGCCCAGGAGCAAUCGAUUCCUGUCGAAGUGAGUACCAUGCCGCCUUUAACAGCAUGAUGAUGGAGCGCAUGACGACAGACAUCAAUGCCCUGAAGCGACAAUAUUCCCGAAUUAAAAAGAAGCAGCAGCAGCAGGUUCACCAGGUGUAUAUCAGGGCAGGCUCUAAAGAAGGAAAAGAUCUUGGAGUCUUGAUAAAUUCCAAGGACCACUCAACUAAUGAUAAAGGGUUAGUGACCAGUCUCCUCCCGUCUCAGGUAAAUCAUUCUCCAGUAAUAAACCACCUUCUUUUGGGAAAGAAACUGAAAACAAGUAACAGAGCGACCAAAAAUGCGGUCAUCCAUAUUCCUGGUCACACAGGAGGCAAACUGUCUCCUGUUCCUCAUGAAGACCUUAAGACCAAGCUCAACUCUCCUUGGCGUACUCACAUUCGUGUUCACAGAAAGAACAUAACCAGGACCAAGAGCCAGCUGGGUUGUGGGGACACCAUUGGACUGAUUGAAGAGCAGAAUGAAGGCUGCAAGACUACCAAUCUGGGGGCAGCAGAGGAAAUACCCUCCACUGCUGCAGGGAAGGCUGGAGGAAAUGGGGGCAGCUCUGAAGACAGCACGAAUAGGACAAUUGAUGGGCAGUCUCCUGAGCCUGUAUUUAGAGAUGCCAAUGCAAAUGUGGCAGAGGUCCAGCUGAAGCUAGAAACCUUGGAGCUUAAUGAAAAGAGCACUGCUGAAAUGGAACCCAGGGCUAGCCAGACCUGCCACCAGUAUGGACCCGAGCCUCGGAUCCCUGUCAAGCCUCCCCAAGCCAGCUGUACAAAAGCACAUGUCUUUAGCCCCUUCCCUAGCGUCAAGCCACUUCGGAAAUCAACCGCAGCCAGAAAUUUGGGGUUAUAUGGCCCAACAGAAAGAACCCCAACUGUCCAUUUCCCCCAGAUGAGCAGAAGCUUCAACAAAUCUUCUAGUGGUAACAGUGGCACUAAAAAGCGAUGACAUCCUGUUAGGACUCUAUAGUCUGAAUCAGUCUCUUUUUUUUUUAAAAAAAUAGUGUUGUGGGUGUUCACCCUCACAACCUCCAAAAGAAUUUUUAUUUUCCAGAUUUAAAAAAAAAGCAAAAGGAUGGGCAGAGUGCAAAAACCAGCAUUACGAGAAUUGUGGUUCUCACAACAGGAACUAGAUAGGAGAGUUGUAGAGGGACAGAGAGUAACCACGUCCACUCGGGAAACAAAUGGAGUAAAGAAGAUGUUGUGAAACAGUAAACUUGUGUGGUUUUGG